GCACUUUGUUUUUCUUGUUUCCCCACGGCCAGCCGGUGGCUUCGCUGCGCGCUGCACUGCGAGACGCGCCGACCCUAACCUCAAAACUGGCGCUUUCGCCGCUGUUUUCUGCGCGGCCCCGGCGCCCCGUGCGUUCGCGAGUGGAUUUUCGAGUGUGGGGCGGCCGGCCUCAGCGCCGCGAGUGACUUGGCAGUGCCCUGGCGACGCGGAGGCCGCGUCCUGGACGUCUUUGUGCCGGACCAGACCCUUCUUCUGCUGUGGAUCCGCGACCGCGGAAGCGCGACUUGAGGCACGGCAGCCCGCGGCAGACGACGCCCCGGCAGCGCCUUGUGACGCUGGAGGAGCGUGGGCGUGGCGGUCCGUCCCCGCCAUGUGCAAGAGCGACGAGUACGAGCCUUACAUGACUCUGGAGACGCCCGUGGCGUCCAGCGACCCCGACGCGGUGCUGUGGGAGCCGGCCACGGUGGGCAGUGAGGGCUCGGGCGAGCUCUGGAAGACGCUGAGCGCGGCCGACGCGGCCGAGGCCGUCGAGGCCGUCGGGGGCUACGACAUGCCCGCCGCCGAGGUGUGGGAGCCGCCGCCCCCCGCCAGCUCCACCGACGAGCUGCUCUGGGAGUCGUCCACCCUGAGCAACGGCAGCGUGCUGUGGGGGUCCGCCGUGCUCAACGACGCCAACCUGGCCACCUGGGAGCCCUCCAACGACGCCAACACGAGCGGCGAGUGGCCGUGGAAGGCCCCCGUCGACGCCAGCCAGCCCGGCCAUGAGAGCGCGGGGCACUCCGGCGGCGCCGCCAACGGCGAGGGCGAGUGGAAGCCGUCCUACGUGGUCAACGACAGCUCCGACGGCGUCUGGAAGCACUCGACGGACGGCGGCCAGGACUGGAAGCCCGACAUCGAGGACCUCUGGAAGGCGUCUGCCGUGCCCGCCGUGCCCGCCGGCCCCGUCGUGCCCACCGAGACCAUCUGGGACUCCACCUUCGCCAGCAACGGCGGCGACCUCCUCGACCUGUCGUCCUACGCGACCAACGGCGGCAGCGGAGCGCUUUGGGACGGCGCGGCCGUGGCCUGGUGCGAUCAGGGCGGCGAGGAGCCCCAGGUCCUCCAGGACAUCCGCUACUUCUGCUGCAAGCAGUGCAACACCGUGUUCCAGUCGCCGGAGGGGCUCGAGGAGCACGUGAGCAGCCAGCACGACGUCAAGACCCCCAAGGCCCGGCACGCCCCGAAGGAGGCGAAGGGAGCAAAGGUGUCGAAGGCUCCCAAGAGCCCGAGCAUCCAGAGCACCCCGAACGCCGAGGGCAAGUACCCGUGCACGCUGUGCUACCGAGUGCUCGCCAACCCGUACAGCCUGAGGCGCCACUACGAGGUCCACGGCAAGGGAGACACCACCAACUACUCCAUCGGGCGCAGCCCGGCGCCGCUGCACUGCACCGAGUGCCCCAAGACGUUCACCACGCCCUACAGUAUGCGGCGGCACUUCGAGACCCACGGCAAGGGCGCGUACCACGAGGUGUACGGCAGGCACCAGCGCAAGCAGUUCCGCCAGUCCGUGCACGCCUGCCCCGAGUGCCCCAAGAAGUUCACCACGCCGUUCGCCGUGCGGCGCCACUACCCGUGCCACGGGAAGGGCCCGUGGCCCUGGCCGUUCAAGGACGACGAUGACGACGGCGAAGAAGGCGACGACGUGAAGCCCAUCGUACUGGCGUGCGACGAGUGCCCCAAGACCUUCGCCAGCGACGGCGAGCUGAUGGCGCACUCGGAGAUCCACAAGGAGGGCGCCGCGUACGCGUGCGGCCAGUGCGGCCAGACGUACACCACCCUGUCCGACUUGAACCGCCACAAGACCCGGACCCACGAGAGGCGCUUCGACUGCACGCUGUGCCCGCGCAGGUUCGGCUUCCGCAACGAGCUGUCGCGCCACAUGUCGACCCACAACGUCAAGACCCUGCUGUGCUCCAUGUGCGAGAAGACCUGCGCCAACCACCACUACCUGAGCAAGCACUACCGCCGCAUCCACCGCGUCACGCACCCCUACAUGUGCGUCGGCUGCGGCGAGAUCUUCCGCAGCCCGGCCAAGCUGGAGCACCACCAGAAGAAGGUGUGCAGCAACUCGGCGGCGGGCAGCCUGGGGCCCGGCUUCGCGUGCCCGACGUGCGGCGUGCGCUUCGCGGAGGAGAGGAGCCUCGGCAACCACCUCCUGGACCACGUGAAGGGCGAGGGCGACGAGCACGAUCUGUCGCAGCGCGAGUUCUUCAAGUGUGCCACCUGCGGCCAGGCCUGCCCGGACCGGAAGGCCCUGCGGGCGCACCGCCAGACGCACGAACUCUUGUUCUGCACGGACUGCGAGAAGAGCUGUGAUAGCGAGGGGAGCCUGGCGCUGCACUGCCGCACCCGGCACCCCGUCGAGCAGGCCGAGCAGGCCGAGAAGUUCUCGUGCACGGUCUGUCUCCACGCGUUCGAGCAACACGGAGACCUGCUGCAGCACCUCAAACGCCAUCUAGGUCGCUAGGGGCUCUUGUUCUGUUCCUUCCUGUUUAGUAUUAACUAAGUAUUACAUUUUAAUGUUGACUGAUCUUUUUAGCUAAUUAUUUUAAAAUUAAGGUAUUGAACUUCAUGUGCCAUCUGGUAUUAUUUUUCGUGGUUGUUCAAACCUGCCAUUAGGAGUCAUAUUGCUAUUUUACGGGUAGUGACAUUGGAAGUUUUGUGUCGUGUCGGCCGUAGCAACUAUGUCUGGUAAAUCAGGAACCUGUUUGUGUAUCAUGUUUCGUUUGGCAAAAAAAAAAAAUGCACAUCUCUGUGAUAUUCCAAAUGUGUGUUUUGCUAAUACACAAAAUACAAAAAUUAAAUUGAAAAGUAACGUUAUUUA